GCCACAUCUCUGACGGCAUGUUCCGCGCGUUGAUGCCGCCUCUACCGGGUACCCACGACACAGCUGGGCAGUUCGUCGGAAGAGCUCCAUUUCUCGUCAGAUUUUUUCAACAUUCAGGGUCAAAGACGCGAGAACCAACGUGACUUUCGCCGCGCGCGCAAGCCACCGAAGCAGCAUCCGCACUGAUCAGUACGACCGAGCCUUUCUGCGAACUUUUGGGCUGACUGUGUGCGCACACCGACUGGAACCUUCGGCGACGACGGCACCAUCGGAGACCGGCGCAUCGGAGGCAAAACACACUUUUUGUCGUCAUCCACGCGGAGUUUACGGCGAUUCGGACCCCAAGCUUCCAAAAGAAAUUCCGUUUGCACGCAAGCUUGAUCAGCACGGCGCGUCUCCAUCGCAACCCAUCACUCACUCACGACCGACCUUACAAUCUUGACUCGAGUCGAGACAUACCACAACGAGCCAUAAGAAUCAAUAAUCUGUGUCUAGGGGCUAUUGGCGUGAUCGUGCUAGCCAUCAAGAUGAUGCGACCAGCUUUCCAAUUGGCAACCCUACCGCGCCGUGCGAUACCGGCAGCGAGGCAAACUGCAACAGAGGCAUUGUGGAGGAAGCAAUUCACUGCACCAACAAGGACUUUCAAGACGACAACCCCGCGAGCAACAUAUCAAAGACCUGGCGCAUCGCGAGCCCAAUUCCGCUGGUCGCAAAGUCAGACUUCAAGCUGGAUCACGUCUCGGCUCGAAACGAUCUUCCGGUCAUCACGCCGGACGUUCCGGUUCUCCGCCAGGCAGAGCAACUCGGCAGACGGUGCUGCCAAGGAGUCGCUUUCGCUCAGCCAAAGGUUGAAGAAGCUUUCGCGCGAAUAUGGAUGGUCGGCCGUUGGCGUGUACCUGGCCUUGAGCGUUCUGGAUUUUCCCUUCUGUUUCCUGCUCGUGCGAAUCGUUGGAACCGACCGGAUUGGUCAACUGGAGCACUGGGUAGUGUCCCACGUUCAAAAAGUGAUCCCUGAUUCAGUCAAGACCUGGUGGACCGAAUACAGAGCCGCACUCAGCAAGGCCGAAACCGAGCAGCUGGGAAACAACGACAUCAGUGAUGCUGUUGAGAAGGCAACCUGGGGAGUUGAGGAAGCUCAGCGCGCCAACAAAGCGGAAGCCAGCUUGGGAACUCAGUUGGCUUUGGCAUAUGCAAUCCACAAAAGUUUCAUCUUCCUCAGAGUGCCUUUGACCGCCGCGGUUACGCCAAAGGUUGUCAAGGUGCUCAGAUCAUGGGGAUGGCAGAUCGGCAAACGGCGGAGCAAAUAAGCCGAAAUCUGGGGCCCGUCCAGCCUCCGCUCGGCUGGUGGGUCGGAGGUCCUGGGAUGCCGGGCACCUCCUUAAUGUAUUAUCAAUUGAACGAGACGCUCGCCUUAUUCUCGGGAUUGGCAUGCGAAUCGGUCCUGUUUUUUUUUUUUCUUAUUGACGACUUAUAGACCCACUCACCAAUUAGACCAGCAUGGCAGCAUCCAACAGCGUUCCGCAAAGG